CAAAUGAAUGAAACCUUUUGUGUUGUGAACAAUAAAGCGCUAGUAUAAGAAAGCAUGAGCAACUCGUAUCAUUUUCAUUUAUAAAUAUUAUUAACAAACUUUUAGGUUAACAGUAAACUACCAAAAUGACCAAAAUUGUAAAUUAUCUAUGGUGCAACCAUAGACUAAUGUAAUUUAAUGUUAUGUCUGCGAGUACGACAAAUAUUCAAAAUUCAUGUUGAUCCACAAUUUCAGCUCUGGAGAUUUAAAUAAAUCAGUGUCAUGUCUGCAUAUUACUGUAGAUUAUGUUUCAUGCAUUGCAUUCCGGAGAAGGCCCUUCUGUUCUCCAAUCAUAUUACUCAAAUGAUACAAUAUUGUAUUCCUGAAGUGGAUAUUAAACUGGUGAAUAAUCCUAUAUUAUGUCCAGAAUGUAACGAUAAAUUGGAAGAGAUUCUAAAAUUCAAGAAAAAAUGUUUAGAGGUUCAAGAAAACAUGAAACGAAUUUUAACGAAUGGUGGAGUAUGUGAAGGAAUGGAGAUUAGUGAAUCGAAUAUUACCCCCAAAUCUGAGAAUUUAUCAACAUCUUUCGAGGAAAGUACUCAACAAACCUGUGAAACUGUAUCUAUCUUACAAGAAAAUGGAGAUGGAGGACUCACAUCUCCAGUAACAGUGCCUAAUUCAAAUAUAAGUGAUGUGUCCUCUGUUGUUUCAGAAGAAUCAUUUAAAAUCGGAUCUUACACAAGUCUUGUUCAUAAUGGUAGUACUUCCUUCAAGCAUAAAUCUUCACGAAAAUUGAAGAACAUACAAAAUGUAUUAGAUGUUAAAUUCAUCAAGAAAAAUUGCAAUACUUGUGGACUCUGUUUUAGUACUUUAAAUGAACUUAUUCACCAUAUAUAUUCUGAGCAUCAUAAGAGUGAAGAAUUAUUUUCAUGUUUACUUUGUAGAUAUAAGUCCAAAAAUUUAUCACUGUUAAUGAGGCAUUUUCUUCAUUUUCAUCCAAAUUGUGAGGACCUCAAUGCUUCGUGUUUUUUUUGUUUUACUGAUAAGAAAAAUUUUGAAGAAUUAUUCACUCAUAUGAUUGAAGAACAUAAAAAAGUUUGCAAAUGGACUAAAUAUCAUUGUAAUUCUUGUGAUUUUGUCUCAAAAAGUUAUAUAAAUUUUAGGAAACACUAUUUUCAGAGUCAUGACCUUAUUUGUAAUUAUUGUUUAAGAAACUGUGAUAACGUAUCUAUGUUGAACAGACAUUUAAGGAAACAUUACGCCACAUCAAUAAGACACCUUUCUAUAGAUUCCAAUGAGUGAUCUGAAAAAUAUCAGGUUUUGAUUAUUAUCAAAUGCACGCUAUUAAAUAUUUAUUGGUUUGAAAUUUAGUUUAUAGUUGUAUUUUCGCAUUCAUCAUGAAAUGUUUAUAAAAACUAUUCUAUACUUUUUUUUACUGGAUAUUGUGAAACAAAGGUUUUUUGAAUUUUUCAUUGAAUAUUUCAAUAAAAAUUUUUUAUCAAUAUUUAAACUUUUCAAUUUAUUAAAUAUUUCAGAUUUAAAAAACUGAUGGAAAUCAGUCCUAGUUAUACAAUGAUCAAUUUUACAUAAGAAUUGUAAAUUACUUUUUUUGGCAAAUAAAUGAAUAUUAUACAUUUCCAA